AAAAAAACAGAGGCAGUCGGCUUAAAUUCGGCAUCUUCUUUCGGCUCAACCGUCGUUUCUCCAAAGUUAAAUAACGAAAGCCCCUCAAUUCAUUCCUGCUCGGACCAAAUCCAUCCGUGCGCCGACAUGGCCACCGCCGCGUUCGCACCCCAGCACCUCCGAUCCUCCUCCUCCCUCCUCCUCCUCCUCCUCCUCGCCACCGCGCCUCCGCCGGCCCACUCCCUCUCCUACUUCCAGUACAAGACCCUCCUCUCCCUCGCCCACUCCCUCGCCACCCGCGUCGCCACCCUCCGCGCCUCCCGCGGCGACCUCGCCGGAGCCGACCGCGCCAGGGCCGUGGGGGAGCUGGGCGAGCUGCUGGGCCUGGUGGGGGAGUUCGCGAGGGCGGAGUCGGAGGCGGAGAGGGCGAGGUGGAUCGGGGGGAAUUACGGGAAUGCCAUGCGGGUCUCGAAGUCGGUCUUCGCGAGGCUUCUCAGAGUGUUCAGCAAAUCGGGUCCACUGCAGGAGUUGGUAGAGAGCAUGCAAAAGGAAGUGGUGGAUGGUGAUUUCCUGAGGGAUUGUCUGGAAUUGGGAAGUAAUGACUUGAAAGGACUGAUCCAAAUUUUGAAGGAUCUUACCUCUCAAUAUUACUCGUCACCUGAUCAUGGCCAUGAUCUCCGUGUGGGCUUGUCCAACCGAAAAAACAAAGGCCGUCGGCUUAAAUUCGGCAUCUUCUUUCGGCUCAACCGUCGUUUCUCCAAAGUUAAAAUAACGAAAGCCCCUCAAUUCAUCUCUGCUCGGACCAAAUCCCAUCCGUGCGCCGACAUGGCCACCGCCGCGUUCGCACCCCAGCACCUCCGAUCCUCCUCCUCGCUCCUCCUCCUCCUCCUCCUCGCCGCCGCGCCUCCGCCGGCCCACUCCCUCUCCUACUUCCAGUACAAGACCCUCCUCUCCCUCGCCCACUCCCUCGCCACCCGCGUCGCCACCCUCCGCGCCUCCCGCGGCGACCUCGCCGGAGCGGACCGCGCCAGGGCCGUCGCCGAGAGGCUGCGGCCGGGCCGGUGGCCGGGGGUCGGGCUCUGGCGAUCGGCGUGGUCGGUGGGGUGGGACUACGCGCGCAACUACGCGUGGGGCUGGAGGGACCUCGAGCGCCGGGAGAUGUACGGCGCCGUGUCGGAGCUGGGCGAGCUGCUGGGCCUGGUGGGGGAGUUCGCGAGGGCGGAGUCGGAGGCGGAGAGGGCGAGGUGGAUCGGGGGGAAUUACGGGAAUGCCAUGCGGGUCUCGAAGUCGGUCUUCGCGAGGCUUCUCAGAGUGUUCAGCAAAUCGGGUCCACUGCGGGAGUUGGUAGAGAGCAUGCAAAAGGAAGUGGUGGAUGGUGAUUUCCUGAGGGAUUGUCUGGAAUUGGGAAGUAAUGACUUGAAAGGACUGAUCCAAAUUUUGAAGGAUCUUACCUCUCAAUAUUACUCGUCACCUGAUCAUGGCCAUGAUCUCUAGAGCAUCACCCAGGACAUGUAUUUGGAACCAAUUUUGCACUGAAGGUCCCUGGGUAAGCACUAUGUUUAUGUACCACAUUACAGAAGGAGUUGAACAUUUCGAAAUCAUUUCUGCAGAAUUUUGGCGGGAGUUGAGGAGGUGAACAUAGAGAAGUAGAGAACUCUGAUUGCUAGGUGUCAUCUGAGUCAUGUUGUUAUUGUUUGGAGUUUCUUCAGCAUCUUUUCUGUGGUGGAGAGCUGUAAAUAGUUCUCAGCUGUAAAGAUGUAAUUCCUUUGUCUUUAAUCGGAUAAUUUUCACUUUCUAUGGUGUUGAACUAA